GAAGAUUCUAAACGAGAACAAAAGAAUCCAGACAUUAUUUUUAUGAGGAUGAAAUUAUUAGUUCAAUAAAGAUGGAAAUUGAAUCAAUGACAAACGAAUGAAUUUUCCAAUUAUUGUAAGAAAUAAAUAUAAUUCAUUUGUCAAUGAAACUGCUAUAAGUGGUACAAGUAGAAGGAUUAUGGAAAUUGAAUGGUUGGAUUACAUAGCUUUGAACAAAGCUCUAGAGUGCAAACGAAAAAGUGUAGCCAUGCUUCUCUUAAAAAAUAAUUGUAGAGUAAAUUUAACUAGUACUCUAGCUAUACCAAGUAAUACACCAAUGCACAACGCUGUAUUAUUUGGUGAUAUUGAAUUGGUUACCUGUCUUCUGAGCAGAGAAGCUUCUAUUGUUGCUGUAAAUUAUGAAGGUGAUACUCCUCUACAUCUGGCUUUUAUGAAACAACAAGAUAAAAUAGUUGAUUUGAUUUUAUCUUUUAUUGAAAAAAACUCAAAUUAUAUCAAUCCCAAAAACAGUCAAGGCCUGACACAUCUACAUAUUGCAAGCACAAGACAAAAUGCUAAUCUAAUUAAAAAUUUCCUACAAGCUGGAUGUAAUAUUCAAGAUUCUAUCAGUGCAGAUUCACCACAGUGGGGAGGUUUCACAGCUUUACACUUUGCAAUGGAGUUUGGAUCUCUACAAUCAGCACGAAUACUUCAAAAAGCUAUGAGAGAAUCCAAAGUAAAUGGCAAUCAUGAAGCAGCAUUUCAAUCGGCUUAUCAAAAGGUCAAGAACUUAUCCAUAAUAGUUCAUAUUCUGUCUGCAGAAAAUCAUUUCUUGAACUUUGGUUAUUUUACUUAUCCAUCUUAUUUUCAUUUUGCCUGUAUGAGAAAUGAUCCUAAAACUGUGUUAAAGUUUAUUGAAAAUGGAGCUGAUGUUAACACACCAAUUAGUAGAAAUGCAGAGUUCUGUGGACUAUAUUCUCCUUUGCACUUUGCAGUUGAAAGUAACUGUAUAGAAAAUGUGAAACUCCUACUGGAACAUGGAGCUAUAGUUGAGAAUCAAAAUAACAAAGAUAUGACUCCCCUGCAUUUAGCAAUGUAUUACGAUAUUUACAACAAAGAGAGGUACACAAUUGUUGAUUAUUUGUAUGCUGCACUUGAGAAUAAGGAGAAAAACAUUGAGGAUGAUUAUGGAUUGUCUUAUCUGCAUAUAGCUUGUACUAGAAAUGAUGUUGAACUGGUAAAAAAACUCUUGGACAGUGGCCAGAAUGUAAACGAAACCAUACAGAGAAACCCUCACAAGUUUUCUAAUUAUACACCUCUUCACUUUGCUGUAUAUUAUCAAUGUUAUGAGACCGUCCAAUUGCUAAUCAAACGUGGUGCCAAUGUAAACUCCAUUGAUUAUGAUGAAUCUGGAUCACCCCUACACUUGGCAUGCGAAGUAGGUCAUGCUGAUAUAAUCGAUUCACUUCUGAAGAAUGGAGCGAAAGCACAUUUGAUUCGAACCAAAGGUCACAAAACUACUUUGCAUCUGCUGGUGGAGAGUUAUAUGGAUCGUCAGAAUGGACUUUCGAAUGAAAGUAGAAUGAAUUUGUUAGCUUUUGUGAAAAAACUUGUAAAACUUGGAGUAAAUGUAAAUGCCAGAGAUCAAUUCGACUAUACAGCAUUACACAUAGCAUGUUGGAAGCUUGUUGAUGGUUCUCAAUGUGUAAAAAAACUUUUGGAAGUUGGAGCUAAUAUUAAUUUUGUGAACAUGGAUGGACAAACUCCACUUGAAAUGACAUACUUUGAGAGUUACUGCGGUAAUGCAGAAGAUUACAUGACGCUGUAUCACCACGUCCAAAAACUCAAAGUUUUAGGAUAUAAAGUCAAUCCUAAGAAUGAAGCCUUUUGUGAUGUGGUGCUUAGAGAGAAAGAUAUUUGGGAUCCGGAACACAAAGAUUUUAAAAACAAGAAGAUUGCAAAAAAAGAAGAACAAAGACUAGACGAAAUUCACAAAUUACGAAAUGUCAGGCUUUAUCAUUAUAAGUUCACAUUAUAUGAUCUCCUAGUGGCAGAUGGGAAAAAUAUUACAAUUUUCGCUCAUGACUCAGUUGUUAAGAAGAUUAUGGCAAAAAAAGGAUUGAAAAAAGAGUAUCCGGUUUUUGCUCAUUUUUUGAGAUACAAAUAUGAUAAGGCUGUUAAGAGAUUGCAAAAUUGGAAUUCUAAGCGAUCGGUAAAUCGAAUCAAUACAAUGAGAGGCCGUGUUUAUCAUAGAUUUGUAAAAUCGUGUUAAGCAUGAUUUCAAAGGGUUUUUUCGUUUCAAUUUUCGAUUAUUCGGUGGAAAUUAUAAUUUACAAUUUAAUGUAUCAAGUAUAAUUUGUUAAAACAUUUACAAUUAAGGAAGUUCUGUACUUGAAAUAUCCUUGAAAAUUCGUUCUAUAUUUACAAUUAUUAUAUUUAUUUACUAAGUUAAAUAUUGUAUGCAUGAGGGAUAUUCAAAGCAUACGAUGUAAACACUACUGAAAUCCUAUUGUGACAGUUUAGAUAUUCUUUGCAGUUACUUUUAAUUUCUUAUUUGAUGCUAUUUUAUGGAAGUAUUCAUCGCGAAUAUCAUCGUAAACGUAGUGUAAAAGUAUAGAAGCAAGUUUCAUUGCAGUAGCAUCAAUAAUAUAUUACAUAUUUUAUUCUUAAGUUUUUAUUGAAUAGAAAAAAAUUGAAUUUCUAUUAAUGUUUUAUUUUAUAUUCUCUAAAGAUUAAUGUUAUAUAAAAUAUAAUAAAUUAAAA